ACUAAAAAUUGCUUCUUGUUGCCUAUUGCUCCUUUAUAGUAGAGAGUAAUCUAAAGCCUCUUCGAAUGUCUACCAAACACUUAGCUACCGCUGCUCGAACUUCACAUCUGGAUGGUAGAAGACUGACAGCAAAUUAUAAUCCAAACAUGUGGAGUUAUGAUUUUAUUCAGUCAUUACAGAUUGAUGAUCAUGAUCAUGAAGAAGACAAAGAUAAUAGGUGGAAGUUGUUAGAGGAGGAUGUGAAAAAUAUGAUUGAUUAUGAUAAUGAUGCGCAAUCGCUAGUCACUACAAUUGAAUUGAUUGAUGACAUCCAACGAUUAGGUUUGAGACACCGAUUUGAGGCCAGUAUAACAGAAGCCCUUGAUAGAGUUUUGAAGAAUCUUGAUCAAAUAAUAAACAAGGAUACUCCAAGUCUCCACCUCAAUGCUCUCAGCUUCAGGCUCCUUAGACAGCAUGGGUUUCAAGUCUUCCAAGAUGCCUUCAAAAUUUUCACAGACUACGACGGCAGCUUUAAGAAUUGCCUUUGCAAAGAUGUCAAAGGGAUGCUAAGUCUGUACGAAGCUUCAUUCCUUGGUAUUGAAGGAGAAACCCUCUUGGAUGAGGCCCUUGCAUUCACCAGCAUGCAUCUAAAGAACCUCAGCAUAUUCCAUGUUACUCAAGACAAAGGUGUAUUAGAGCAAGUGAGUCAUGCAUUGGAGAUGCCAUUGCACCACAGGAUGCAAAGAUUAGAAGCUAGAUGGUAUAUUGAGGCAUACGGUAAAAAGGCAAAUGCAAAUCAGGUGCUACUUGAAUUUGCCAAGCUAGAUUACAAUGUGGUGCAACAAACAUACCAAAGAGAUUUUAAAGACGUUUCAAGGUGGUGGAAGGAUAUGGGAUUAGCAAAGAAGUUGUCAUUCAGCAGAGACAAACUGAUGGAGCUGUUCUUUUGGUCAGUUGGUAUAGUGUUUGAACCUCAAUUCAGCAAUCUUAGAAAAGGAAUAACUAAAGUCAGUGCUCUAAUAAUGACUAUUGAUGAUGUCUAUGACGUUUAUGGUACUUUGGAUGAACUGAAGCUAUUCACAUCUGUUGUUGAAAGAUGGGAUGUGAAUGCUGUGGAAAUUCUUUCAGAGUACAAGCUGAAGCUCUGUUUCCUUGCUCUCUAUAACACUGUGAAUGAAAUGACUUAUGAAACUUUGAAGGAGCAAGGAGUGAAUGUCCUUCCUUACGUGACAAAAGCUUGGGCUGAUAUGUGCAAAUCUUGGUUAACGGAGGCAGAGUGGCGUCACAACAAGUACACACCUACAUUUGAAGAAUAUCUUGCCAAUGCAUGGAUAUCAUCGUCCGGGGUGGUAAUUCUAGUCCAUAUCUACUUUCUAUUGAAUCAAAAUAUCUUGGAUGAAGCACUUAGAUGCUUAGAGAAUCACCAUGAUCUCUUGCGUUGGCCAUCUCUUAUUUUUCGGCUCUCAAAUGAUUUGGUUACUUCGAAGGCUGAACUAGAGAGAGGUGAAACUGCAACUUCUAUAUCCUGCAUCAAACGUGAUGGUGUUGUUUCUGAUGAGGAAUCUACUAUCAAAUAUAUUACUAAUUUGAUUGAGAAUAGUUGGAAGAAGAUGAAUAAAGAUGGACUACUAUUUGGUGUUAGUAGUGCUUCUUCUCCAUUCACAAAGGAAUUUGUAGCAGCAGCAAUAAACCUUGCUCGGAUUGCCCAAUGCAUUUACCAAUAUGGAGACGGGUUUGGUGCCCCAGACAAAAGAGUAAAGAAUCAGAUCCUAGCAGUGAUUGUACAACCCGUUUAAUGGAUUGGAGCUCUGUUCAUAUCUUCUGAGGAAAAAAGUAGAUAUAAUCGAAACUGGUUUAACUCAAAAUAAAGUCCCACAUUUAAAGUUUAGGACUAAAAUUUAUACAUUAUCCAAAUUCCCAAGAACAUUAAUUUAGUUGUGUUAAAUAAAUUUGUUGACAAG